GUUGGGGGAUCAAGAACUUAUAGCAUCCCGUAAUAUUCCAAUCGCCAGUUACACGCAUCUCGCGUUCUUUUUAUAUCAAUCUCCAACCUUCCCUCCUUCACUCUACUCUCCCCGUCUUUCUCUCUCCUCCCUGAUUUCCCCCCCUUUUUCUCUCUCCUCCGCAACCUUCGAUUUUAAUGGCGGAGUACACGCCUCUUCACAACGACAUCGAACAACCUCCGUCGUUAUCUCCGCCGCCGGCUCCUCCUCCGAUGAACGUCGCCGGAAAAUCUAAAACCGCGCGCGUCGCUUCUCUUGACGUUUUCCGCGGCCUCUGCGUCUUCCUGAUGAUGGUGGUUGAUUAUGGAGGACCAGUAUUUCCGGUAAUAGGGCAUGCGCCAUGGCAUGGAUUGCAUUUAGCUGAUUUUGUUAUGCCUUUCUUUCUCUUCAUCGCUGGACUUUCACUUGCUAUUGCUUACAAGAAAGUUGGGGAUAGAAUGGACGCGACAAAGAAGGCAAUAAUGAGGGCGGUGAAAUUAUUUGUUUUAGGCGUUUUUCUGCAAGGUGGUUAUCUUCAUGGGGCCAAGUCAUUAACAUACGGUGUUGAUAUGAUGAGAUUACGCUCUAUGGGCAUCUUGCAGCGGAUAUCUAUUGCAUACCUAGUUGCUGCUUUAUGUGAGAUUUGGCUUCCAUGUCAGAAGUGGAGAAAGUUUGGUAUCGUAAAAACCUACUUUUGGCAGUGGUGUGUUGCUUUGCUUUUGUCAUCUGUAUAUAUUGGACUUCUGUAUGGCUUAUAUGUUCCUGACUGGGAAAUAAAUACGUCAAACACAGGUUUGGCUUUGCCUGCAGCAAAUGGUACCCAUGUCUACAAGGUGAAUUGUGGACGGAGAGGUAAUCUUAGCCCUGCUUGCAAUUCAGCUGGAAUGAUUGACCGCUAUAUUCUUGGUAUUGAUCAUCUCUAUAUGAAGCCUGCAUAUCAAAACUUGAAGGUGUGUAAUAAAUCCAAGGAUGGCCUAGUACCCGAAGAUUCACCUUCAUGGUGCCAUGCUCCUUUUGAUCCGGAAGGAGUUUUGGGCUCCCUUACUGCUGCUUUGACCUGCAUUAUUGGACUCCAGUUUGGUCACAUUCUUGUACAAACUCAGGAUCACAAAGAGAGGCUGCACAGAUGGUCCAUGCUUUCAAUCUUCACUUUCAUCCUUGGACUAUACCUUUCUUUCAUGGGUAUUCCCGUGAAUAAAUCGCUGUUUACAGUCAGUUAUGUCCUUGUUACUUCAGCUUGCGCAGGAUUCAUAUUUUGCAUGUUUUAUUUAUUGGUAGAUGUUUGGAAAUACAGGUGGCUAACGGUUGUAUUGGAGUGGAUAGGAGUUCAUGCUUUGAGCAUUUUCGUCCUAUUGACUUCAAAUAUAGCUAUUGUUUUGCUGCAAGGAUUCUAUUGGAGAACACCUGAAAAUAAUCUUAUUCAUUGGGUUAUAAGCUUCUUCGUCUCGCAAUGACAUUUUACUUUUUUAACUAUACUCCCUCAUUCUUUACGUGCAACUGCAAUUCUUCGACCAGAGAUUGGAGAGGCUUGGUGUAACAAAACCAUGGAUUAAUUCAACUGCUCAAUAGAUGUUCCAUACGAUAAUUUCACUGAAGCUUCUAUUGGUAUUGUUUUUACACGUGAGACGCAUUGCCACAGUAAAAACACGAAAAUCAUGCAAUUUCCAGCUCUGUUGAUGCAAAAUUGUUACGUCUUGUUUCCGGGGAUUUUGUAUUCUAAGCCAGAUGAAUCCUCCUGAUAGGUUUUGGGUUUCAGGGGAAGGAAUGAAAUAUGGGCAGAGGUGGUUCAUGGACACAAUUUUCAGUCGUGCAAGUUGCAAACCAUUGACAGAGCAGAAAUGAGAUGGGGAAUGUACAUAAAGAUCGAGGUCUAAUAUCUAAGAGCUACUACGAUAAGAUAGAUUUUGAGUAGGCUAAAUUAAAUAUAUUCAAUUAUUUGUGGCGAUGGAUGUAUAUAACAUUAUUAUUACCAUAAUCAAACCACAUGAUAAUACGAUUUUAUCCAGA